GUGAACGUGUUCGUACUGCUCGUCGCUCUGCGGCUCUGCGCUCAGUGCGCUCUGUCGCUUCCUGAACUCUGCAGCGUCGGGUCACGUCAGGUCCUCUAGUGCGUUGUCUGUCUCACUUCGGCGUGUGCUUUUAUGUCGUUUAAGCGAAAAUGGGAAAUGAACUAGAUAGGCAAGAAAAGGACAAUAAGGACGAGCCCGAGGAGGAUAAUGUCUCGUACUCUGAUCAGAUGGGAGUUUUUGUUGAAGAGGCUUUGGCCGCUUACCAUAACCAUCUGAAAUCCCAAAGGGAAAACAAGGACGCUCAGCAACCUGUUCCCAACGUUGACGAAACCGUUGGACAUCAGGUUGGCAUUGAGCCUCCGUCGAGAGCAGUCAUAUCAAAAUACUGCAGCCAUAGCAGCAGUGAGCUGCCUUAUCAAAAAUGAAUCUACUGCCAAAUGAGAUCAUUGGUAUUGGCGAGUCUGCAGCUGCGGGCCCUCAAUCAAGGCCAGGUUAGCCCGCCGGCAAGCCUGAGGAAGAGAAUAAGGUGACGCCAGUCAUGCUUGAGAAGGCGAUAUCUUUUUAUUUGCAGCAGCGCAACCAGCCUGCUGCUGCUGUUGUGAAGAAGAUUGAGCCUGAAGGUGCCAAAAGUGAAGGCCCAGAAAAGGUGGAACAAAAAGCACCUCCUGCCACUGAUGACAUUAAGGAGAUGUCAUUGCUCCAGCUGGAAUUCUCACCUCAGCACCUACCUUCGCAGCCUGCUGCUGCUGUCGACAAGAAGAUUGAGGAGCCACAGGAUCAGUCUGAAGGUGCCAAAAGUGAAGGCCCGGAAGAGGUGGAACAAAAAGCAUCUCCUGCCACUGUCUCCACUGAUGACAUUAAGGAGAUGUCUUUGCUCCAGCUGGAAUUCUCACCUCAGCACCUACCUUCGCAGCUCUCUGUGGAACCUGUCAACCAGCAGGCCAUUAUUUCAAAGCCAGGCGUGACUCCUGAGAUCCUAAAUCUUGCUCUUCAAAACUCUUACAACACAUUACAAAAUAAGAAUGCAGGCCCAACCGGUGCCUUGACGCUGGCCAAAAGAUCUGACUGUCACAAGGAGGACAAAGAAGAGAAAAUGGCCAAACUGCUUCGGGAACACGGAUUCGUGGAGGCUGCUGAAGCAAGUGGUCCAGCAAAUUUUAAGAUGUUCUUGCUCCAUUGCUUUUUAGGUGAAGUGUACUGUGAACUUAAUAAAUGACAAGAAAAAAGUCCCACAUUAUAAUAAAAUAAUUAUAUUAUUUAUUUCAAAAUUCUUCCAAAUCGUGCAUAAACCAACGCAA